CAGCUUCGGUAAACCUCGUCAUUUUCCGUGAACGGCUAGAGGAUGGAGGAAGAGGCACGCAAGCUUCUCGAGGAGGGAAUAAGAAAGAAACUGAUAAGUCCCGGCAAAGGACAGCUGUCGACAUUCCCUAAUGGAACCAAGGUGGUCUUCCACUACCGCACCAGCCUCUGUGACGGCACCGUGCUGGAUGACUCCAGAACCAUGGGCGGCCGCAGCAAACCCAUGGAGCUCAUCCUGGGCAAGAAGUUCAAGCUGGCCGUGUGGGAAAGAGUGGUGAUCACCAUGAGACAGGGCGAGGUCGCUGAGUUCACCUGCGACACCAAGCACACAGCGCUAUACCCGCUCGUGUCCCAGUCGUUGAGGAACAUCAGUGUUGGUAAAGACCCUCUGGAAGGCCAGAGGCACUGCUGUGGCAUUGCUCAGAUCCACUCCCACCACUCCUCGGGGCACAAAGAUCUGGAUCAUCUGCAGGCCAACCCCCAGCCUCUUGUGUUCACCAUCGAGCUGCUGGAGGUCCUCCCCCCCGGCUCCUUCCAGCUGGACAUGUGGGCCAUGACCGACAAGGAGAAGCUGGACGCCGUGCCUCAGAUCCACGAGGAGGGCAACGCGCUGUUUAAAGAGGGCAAGGUUAAGGAGGCCUCAGAGAAGUACUACAAUGCCAUCGCCUGCCUCAAAAAUCUGCAGAUGAAGGAGCAUCCUGGAGACGACGCCUGGGUGCAGUUGGACCAAAUGAUCACACCGCUGCUUCUCAACUACUGCCAGUGCCAGCUGCUGCAGGGCCAGUACUACGAAGUCAUCGAGCACUGCUCCUCCCUCGUCUUCAAAUAUGAAGACAACGUGAAGGCCUACUACAAGCGGGGCAAAGCUCACGCUGCGGUGUGGAACGAGAAGGAGGCGCGGGCCGACUUUGCCAAAGUCUUGGAGCUGGACCCGUCCCUGGAGGCGUCGGUGAACAAGGAGCUGAAGGCCUUGGAGGAGAGGCUCCGCACCAAGAAGCAGGAGGAGAAGGGUCGUUACAAGGGCCUGUUUGACUUCAACACGCGGCCGGCCGCCGCCACUACGGGCUGAACCCCGGACCGCGUAACCGAUGGAGACGAGGAUGCCAGUGGAUUCUGAGACUGGGGGUGGGGGCAGGAGAGCGGUCCUGCCGUCUUCGUUUUAUCCGUGCACUUCAGCCAAACACGUUGCCAAUCUGCUCCUCUUCAGGUUCACACCCGGGCACCACGCGCAUUUUAGCCCCAAUUCCUCUGAAUUCACCGUGGAAACGUGAAGCUGUCUGUGGAAUCGCUGGUUCAAUGCUGCGUUUUUUUUUAUUUUAAGGGAACACCUUAUUCUGUAUUUAUUAUAAAGCCUUUAAGUGAUCCAGAGAGGUUUUCGUUAACGGUUUGCUCCUGGUGGUGAAUAUUCAGAUUGUAGACUAUAGCGGCAACUCUUUUUUUUUUUUUUAUGUAGCUUUAUCCUAAUUUUUCUCGCAAAAUGAGCAUCUCUUUUGUACUAGAAAUACCCAUCCCAGCACUUACACCCAGUGUGUCACGCAUAGGCUCUUAUCUUUUAUUUCAGUUUUUAAAUAUCUCCACGCCUGGUAUCUAAUCUUUGUAAUCAUUGCUUAAGAUCGGAGUAGAUAGUAGCUCCAUAUAGAUGCUCUGCUUGUAAAAACCAUGCUCUCUCUGGCUUGUGCUCACACCUUUAAAGUCUAACAAAUCAAGCACUGAGCUCUUGCGGAAAGGGGGGAGGCUGGAUAGGAAGUCGCGCCGGUCUGAGACAAUCACUAAAUUGUAACGGAGGUUUUCUCCUGUGUACUCAUUUUACAUAUUAGAGGAAGAUAUUCACACUAUUUAGUUGCGCUAAAGAUGUCUUGAUCAGACGCUCUGCUGCUCUGGAGAAGAUGUGCUUCACGUCCGGCGUGAACCAGGAGGCCGUUUGUGAGCUUUUCCGACCUGUUGGCGAUAAUGUAACUGAAAAUAAAUUUGUAUGUAAUCUCCGGUCUUGGAUGUGUGUUUGUCUUUUAGAAUAUUACUUAAUAAAAGGACAUCCGUGAGCCGGUAUCCAAGUACGUCACGGUUUCAAUAGCGGCCGUGUUUUCUGCUGACCAUGCGGGUUGAAGCCCCUCCUGUGAGAUGCCAGAAGAUGUGCGGGACAAAAAGACGACACCAGCUUUUUCUUCUUAUUUAAUUAAGAUAUACAUACUGAAUAGCAAAAAUCUGUUUUACAAAAUUUCCUUGCUAACAAAAUGACUUGAGAUGCAAAGAGUUCUCGGGAAUGAGAGUUCAAAUGUGAGCUUGCGUGACAAAACCUGAAGAAUGGAGACGUUCAAAUUAAACAGAUUGGUGCCGUUUGAACUUUGAUUGUAUCGUUUCCUUAAAGCCGACUUUCCAAUUUAACCUCCGUUACUAAACAAGUGCAUUUUACCGGAGAUUUAUCCAAAUGUUGACCUGAUGAGCAUUCGUCUUCUUACCGUAGGU